CCUUGGAAAUCUACUGAUGGUUCAAUAAAUUUUGCUGUUUUACAACGUAUGAUGGAAUCAUUACUUUUAUUUAUAAUUGAUCAUCCAGGUACAAGUCUUGAACAUUUAUAUGAACAUUAUAAAUGUGUACUUCAACCAGUUGCUAUUAAUGAUUGUAUUGAAUUAUUUCAACAAACGAAUUGUUUAGAAACAGUUCAAGUACCAUUAAAAAAGACAAUUGAAAAACAAAUAAAUCUUUAUUCAAAUGAAAAUUCCGAUGAUGAUGAUGAUGAUGAACAUGAACAUCAAAAUGAACAAAAUAUUCAAUAUAAUAUUGAUAAUGAAUUUGAACGUAUUUUAUUUAAAACAAAUUAUGAUUAUCAACAAACAACACUUUAUUGUUUUCCAACUUAUGAUUGUUUAGUAAAAUUUGGUGUUGCAUUUCCAUUAUCAUUAACUAAUCAACAACGAGGCAUUGAUCGAAUGCCAUUUCCUAGUUAUUAA